GACGACUCGUCGCCCCUACGUGCCGGCGCACUGCAUUCAGUGAUGGCGCUCCGUGGACAGACCAGCCCUUUUGGCCCAUACGGCGGUUUAUGCCUUCAGUUCCUGAUGCGCGGUCAGGAGCGUCAGGAAGAGACUGUGGAACGUUUGGAGCCACUUGGAGCAGGGUCUGGUGCCGCUGACAUUGAGUACGAGCAGUUCAUGAAGGCCAAGGAGGUUCAGAGGGCCAUGUUCCAGGCAGAGAACAAGACCGUUGUGCACCAAUGUGCCGACACCGACAUCAUCGAAGCCGCUGAGGGAUCUGUGGCAUGUAUCGAUGGGAACCAGGCCGCAGCUCACGUUGCCUACGCCUUCAGUGACUGCGCCUUCAUUUAUCCCAUCACGCCCAGUUCUCCCAUGGGAGAGAUGGUGGAUGCGUGGUCCGCGCAAGGCCUCAUCAACUGCUACGGCCAGAAGCUGAGCGUCACCGAGAUGCAGAGUGAAGCUGGUGCCGCUGGCGCCUUGCACGGUGCCUUGAAGGCAGGCGCCUUCAGCACCACUUUCACCGCCAGCAACUUGGGCCUUGAAAGCGGCCAGGGAUGGCCAGGAAUGGCCAGGAAUGGCCAGGAAUGGCCAGGGGGUCAGGUGGUGGAGGUUUUUGUGGGUGGUACGCUGAUAGCGGUAGCUGCUUUGGUAAGAAAGAGGCGACAAGAGGCAUGCGGGGAGGUGGUCUGA